AUGGCUUCGGUUUCCGCUCUAAGCUCACCAAAUAUCCUUUCAUUCUGCCGGAAACCCAUAUCCAAAAACCUAGUUUUACGCCCAUUUGAAGUGGAUUUCCCUUGGUGCCGAGCCCGAACGAGUGCGAUAAAGACACAUUCGGACGGCGCUGGCCCGACUUCGAAUGGGGGAGCGGAUUUGUUGAGAUGGCCAGCGUUCUCGGAUCCCGGCGGCGAUGAUGAUCCGGCUGAUGAGGCUGGGGAGAAGAAGGAUGGAGAUGGUGACACGUGGGUGGACUGGGACGACCAGAUUUUGCAGGACACUGUGCCCCUUGUUGCCUUUGUUAGGACGGUUCUUCAUUCUGGGAAAUACGGAAGUGGUGAUAGAUUGAAUCCUCAGGAUGAGAAAACCAUUCUAGAGAAGCUACUUGCAUAUCAUCCAGCGUGUGAAAAGAAGAUUGGAUGUGGAGUUGAUUAUAUUACGAUUGGAUACCAUCCUAAUUUUCAGAGCUCAAGAUGCUUAUUCAUAGUUCGUAACGAUGGAGAAUUGGUCGAUUUUUCGUAUUGGAAAUGCAUAAAAGGCCUGAUUAGAAAAAAUUAUCCUCUGUAUGCGGAGAGCUUCAUUAUGAGGCAUUUUUCGCCGAGUAGGCGUAGAGACUGA